GCCACACCGCAGGAGCCAGGCCUCGGGCCGGCCUCCCUACGGAGGCGGGAGCUGAGUCCCCCCGGAGCCCGGCCCAAAAAACCGGCCGGGAUCGGCCCGAGCGGACCCAGGGAGGGAAUGGAAUGGAGUGGGGUGGAUGGGGAUUGGGAAUGGAAACUUGUGCUAGGAGGCAUGGUGUUGGACAGAUGUGUUGCAGUGCAACUCAGGGAGAGUCACAGUGUGAUAGUACAUAGACUUGGAGAAUAUUCAUUCCUCAUGAUACCACUGCACUGAGCUUUGUACUGGUGAUCUCAGCCUGUGGCUGCAGAUCUGAGGCUGCUUUUGAAUAGGAGACAGUCAGUCAGCAAUUCACCCCAGCUUGAAGACAAACAGUGGUUAAUAAUGGAAUAGUGUAGGUUAGAUGGGCUUCAGUUUGGUUUCAGAGGUCGGCGCAACAUCGAAAGGGCUUGAAGGGCCUGUACUGCAUUUUAAUGUUCUAUGUUCUUUUGCUCUCCCCGAGUGUUUUAAAUGUGUGUCUACGUCCAUGAGAAUGCGGAGGCAUAAUGUAUCGCAGGACAUAGUUAUGACUAAAGUAAACCACAACUUUGGUGUUGUGGGAGCAACCGGGCUGGAAUGUUUUGGACAGCUGCUGGAGAAUUGGGCAUGUUGCUGGCAAGUGACUCAGUGUUCAAGGACCUGAAGAGAAGAAAGUAGCCUAGAAGACACAGUUCUACAGGACCAGUGGAUGAGUGGAUUCAGGUGGAGUUUUAAGUAGUUUGGGUUACUAAUGUCUGAGGUUGUGGAACAUUUAGCACCAUGAAAGCCCACAAACGGAGGUGAGUAGAAAGGAAGUGGAGUGUAGUAUUCAGGUUUGAAGGGUACAUCGAGGGAUGGAAAGGGGAGAAGGUGCAAAAUGUUGCGGGUGCAGGGUUGAAGGGGUUUGGGGCCAGAUCAGUUAAUUUUUGCUUUGAUCAUUUAAUAGGAAGGAAGAGGAAAGCUGGUGUUCGUGCUUUGGGCAGAAGGUGCAGCUGGGGAUAGAUUUACAAUUAUUGAUAUUAAAAGACCCCAAGUUUGAGAGAUGCCUUGGUUGAUUCACUGGAAAAUUAUUAAAUUAGACUAAUAUGAGAGUUAUGGCAGUCUUUCUCUGCAGGGCAAAUUGCAGGGAUAAGAAUUGGAUUGAUGGAGGGAAGGUGUCGUCACUCACUAAGAGUGCAAAAUAGAGAUACUAGGAAUGACAAAUGCUGGGGCAAAAUUAAAGUUCCCCAUCAAUGGUCGGUAUCAAACACUAUUUUGAACUGAAAGUAAGGCAACUUCAACACUGUCCCCAUCAAACACUCCCAGGACCAGGACAGCAUGGAGUUGGAUACAGAGUGAAGCCCUCUACUCUUUAAAUUAAAGAAAACUAACAGUUGAGGAGCGUAUAACACAUGGCAGCAAGGAGUGAGAGGAGUCCACCAAACUCAUUAGAAUCCCAAGCUGCAGGAAAUCAGAGUGGUUUCCCAAAAGAAAUUUUGGCAGCAAAGGUUGAGGGGAAAUACCUGUGCUUUGAAUGCCACGGAAUUCUCCGGAAACCAUUCCAGGCACAAUGCGGUCACCGUUACUGUGCAUCCUGUUUGAAGAGGAUUGUCAGUACUGGCCCACAGAAAUGUGCAGCCUGCAUCCAAGAGGACAUUUAUGAAGAACCUUUGUCUCUUCUAGAUGCCAGCUCAGCUUUUCCAGACAAUGCGGCUCGCAGGGAAGUAGAAAAUCUACCUGCGGUUUGUAACAAUGAGAGCUGCACCUGGAAGGGCACUGUUAAAGAGUAUGAGGCUGACCACGAGGGAAGAUGUGAGUAUACAUUAAGGCCUUGUGAAGCGUGCAGCAAGAUGGUACGUCAGCUUGACCUGCCCCGCCAUUUGGAGCGAGAGUGUCCUGAAAGGAAUCUCAACUGCAAAUUCUGUAAAUCAUUGUUUCACCACAAGGACAUUAAGGCCCAUGAUGAAAUCUGUUCCAAAUUUCCAUUAACAUGUGAGUGGUGUGGAAAGAAAAAAAUUCCAAGAGAAAAGUACUCAGAUCAUAUUCGGACAUGUGGGAAGGUGAAAUUCCCUUGCCGCUUUAACGUGAUUGGCUGUGAAAUAACUGCUGAAAAGGAGAAGUUGGCUGAACAUGAGAACCUGUGUGUGGUGGAUCACAUGCAGAUGAUGCUUCAGCAUGUGAUGGGAAUAAAGACUGCCGUGGAAAGCCUACAACCUCUGCAUCUGCAGCAGGCCAGGCUCAAAGUCAAUCAGCUGUUUACCUCCAUUCGUGAAAUGGAGGAGACCCUGGGACCGUUACGAUCAAUUGGUCUUGGUGAACGAGGCUCGUCCUCCCCCGGUGAGGACCUGGGGAAACGUUACCUUUCGGAAAGCUUAGAGGAUGUGCAAAAGCGAUGUGUAUCUCUUAAGCACAAAGCCGAAACAUUUGAAAACAUCGUUUGUGUUCUCAACCGUGAAGUGGAGAGAGCGUCAGUGAGCAUGGCAGCUUAUGAACAGCAACACAAACUGGACCAGGAGAAGAUUGAAGCCUUACAAGCAAAGGUGCGUCAGAUGGAACGUGCUACAGCCUUGAAAGACCUGUCCAUAGCAGAGCUGGAACUGAAGUUACAGGCACUGGAGCACAGCACUGACAAUGGAAUCUUUAUUUGGAAAAUAUCAGAUUUCAGUAGAAGACGACAGGAAGCUAAAACCCAGCGAUCGCCUGCUAUAUUCUCCCCAGCUUUCUACACCAGCAAAUACGGCUACAAGAUGUGCCUGCGAGUCUAUCUGAAUGGUGAUGGUGUGGGCCGUGGAACCCACAUGUCUCUCUUCUUUGUCAUUAUGAGAGGAAACUACGAUGGUUUGUUGAGGUGGCCUUUCAAGCAAAAGGUCACUCUGUUGCUGAUGGACCAGACUAACCGUGAGCACAUCAUCGAUGCGUUCAGACCAGACAUCAAUUCCUCCUCAUUCCAAAGACCAGUCACCGAGAUGAAUAUUGCCAGUGGGUGCCCACUUUUCUGUCCACUUAGCAAACUGGACAGCAAGAACAAUUACUCGCGUGAGGACUGUAUUUUCAUCAAAGCCAUUGUGGAUUUAACUGAUCUGUAACAAACCUUUCAUCAGACACUGGAAUGGGCUGCUGUCCACUGUACAAUGCAGCAACAGUUGACUAUCUUAGUGGUGCUGUGCUGCUGGUCACGGUGUGAGUCAGUGGUGUGUGCACAACACCGAGCACUAUUUCCACGUUACCUGCCAUAGCUUAAGUUACUCUUUGUCGCUGAGUCAUUAUCCUGGAGUAGAUCAACCUCCCACAUCUCUGCCAUUAAACUAGGUAAUGGCUGGCCUGUCAUUAGCAGAUGGGAGUAUUCUUCUACAGACAUCGUAAUUAACAAACGAUGUACAAUAGAAUGGCACAGUGGCUCAGUAAUGUUAGCACUGCUGCCUCACAGCGCUGGGGACCCAGGUUCCAUUCCAUCCUGGGGUGACUGUGUGGAGUUUGCAUAUUCUCCCUGUGCUCUGGUUUCCUCCCACAGUCCAAAGAUGUGCAGGUUAAGUGGAUUGGCCAUAUGAAAUUGCCCAUAGAGUCCAGAGAUGUGUAGGCUAAAUGGAUUAGCCAUGGGAAAUGCAGUUUUACAAGGAUAGAGUAGGGGAUUGGGUCUGUGUGGGAUGCUGUUUGGAGGAUUGAUGUGGGCUUGAUGGGCCAAAUGGCCUGCUUCCACACUGGCGAGAUUGUAUGAUCCUUAUCAAAUGAGCAUGUAGCUGAUCUGCAGCUUAUAUUGUUAUUGGUUUGUACCUCCCUGUAAAGACAGGUUCCACUGCAGGAGCUUCUUGACUAUUGCAGACUUGCCAGAGAUAGCAGCAUCUUGAUGGUCACACUGUGGGCCAAAGCCACAAACUGUGUUUAUGAAAGAAGGACGAGAGACAGCAGCUUAAGGCAAGGCACAGUGGAUGUACCUUUCCCUUUCCCCUUGCUGAGGCACGCCACAGCACAUCCUCAAGCUGAGUGUGAACAGGGUUGGGACUGUCUGCCCCAUGAGCAUCCUAAAUUUAGCAGUGUAAGCUUCGUCAGCUGGGAGCGAGUAGUUCCCUGCGGGAGAGGAAGAGCAGCUAUUCUUGUCUUCCAUGUUCACAGCUCUUCAGUCACACAGUGAGCUGCAGAGUUAACCUGGAAGAGGCCACAGUCCCUGUGAUAAUGGAUUCACCUGAUGUGCAAUGUAUGCAAUGUGCCACUCCCAGCUUGGCGUUAAAGGAACCUUAAAUUGUUUGUGCAUUGCACCUAGAGCAGAAUAUUCAUAUUGAUUGCUGUCAGUUGCAGUGUGAUCUCCAUCUCCGUGUUAAGUCCACCUGGACAGUGCCAUUAAUAAUGAGGUGGUGUCUCCAACCUGAUUUGUGUAACUAGGUGGCUGUUUAACUGUGAAGGUAUGUUUCCUUGCCUUGGUGGUGAUGUGCACCGUGGAGGUAACACACUUAAGAGGAGAGGAUGGGCUCACCGACAACUCCCAAACCAUCGAGUUCAUGUUGGAAGGCAGAAGCUUGACUCAGCAAUGCUUAGAAUCCCUCCAUCAGGACUUUGAGCGCUGGUUGUGUUUAUUUACCCUUUUAUAUAUUAACAGCCUCUAGCUCAUUAUUUUAUAAGCAAAACAUAAUAAUUUAUAAGUUUUACACAGUAAUUCCAGGUGAUGAAGUGACUGCUGAGAAUGAACGGAGCUCCAAGAAGCUUAAUUCCUUCUGAUGUCUCUGGAUGGGCCAAGGCUUCAGUAUGGAAGAGUUUCAACAAGAUACCAGACCUGCAUGCUCCGCCAAGAGAGUUUAUCCGAGCAACGGGUAGGCGACAAAAGGGUCCGGUCCUGAUCCAAGAUGGAAAAGAGGGUAUUGGCAGCAGGUGUUCUGGUGCCUGUCUCCCUUUGUUGUGAAUCUUAGAGCAGAGACCUGAUUGAUUGUUAGAAUUGGGAAGUGUCCAAUAUAAACUGGCUCAUCAUUGCUUGCCUUGUCCAUAGGUUGUGUGGUACUGUUGGCUGAAGCAUAGUGAAAUGGUUUUGGUCAGAUUACGUGACCAUGUGAGAUGGUGAGAUACAGACAUUAAGUAAGAAUUAGUUCAAGAUACUGAGAGACUUGGAGAUGAGGAAAAAAUUACCAUAAAUCCAUUCAUGUUUAAUUUGGGAACAUUUCCAACUUUUCCAUUGGGUGAAUCUUUGGUUUUGGAAAGUCCCCAUUAGGUCAGAAUAUUGCCAUUGAUUCUCACUGGAUCACUUGUCAUAAACUACUUGAACAAAGUAUCAUGAAUCCGGCACGCUCAGGUGUUGGGGAGGAAAGUGUGGAUGAUCCGUUGGGAAGAUUUCCCCAAUGAACUGGACUGAAUUCUGUACAGUACGGGAAUUUCCCAGUGGCUAGGUAGUAGUUUUAGCAGUUGUGGAAGUGGACUGGUAUUGGUUAGUCUUGAUGUGAGGAAUUGCUGACCAAAUGGCACUGCUCAUACAGUCUCACCUUUGGAAUCCCUAGAAGUAAAAUUUGAAGUUUUCUAUAUUAACUGCUGCCCCUUCCAUAGUUGUACAAUGACGGAGAACACAAAUGGCUGAGUGAACGUUGUGUUCAGGGUGUUUUACCCUGAUUCCUGCUUUGAUUGAUGGAAUAUGUAAGUAAAUUGAGCAGUGAGUUGGAGUUCUGCAGCUUUCCAGCCAGGUAAGUGGGGAAAGACGUGAUGGUACUUGCAGGCAGUAUGUGGGAUUGUGAGGAGAAGUAUGUUUUUCAGGGAAGUGGUGAAAUGAACAGAGACAAAAGCUCAGUGCCACUCUGAUAUUUCACGAUAAGGGGACCAUGAGCAGGUAUAUGGUGUGGUGGCCAGUGGCUUCUGCACUAAGGAGGGAGGGUUUAAUGUAGCUCCGUGAAGGAGUGGGUUUGGUGUGAGAUUGUGCUACCUAGUUUGGAGGAAGUUGUAAAAUGCACACCACAUGUUCUUGUGGAUACUAACUAUGAUUGGGUCUGCAUCAAAAACUGUGAGCUGCUAUUAAAAUAAAAUACCAAUAACAGCAUCACAGCUCUAUUUCUUUCCAUUGGUUGGCAACAGGGUGUUGCUGGGUUGUAAUAUAUACGCUAUGCUUUGUCAUUGGAGAUAGUGGCAACUUGUGUGUGGAUCUGUGGGCAGUGGGAGCAUGUUUCCUUUCCUCCUGGGGAUUCAGGAGGGAAUGGUCUGUGUAAGAACAUGUGCUUCUGUGUAAUGAGUGUAACGGUCUAAUGCAAGUUGAUGGGGGUAAGACAUACUUAAUGGACUGGAGUCUCUUUGAAUUGAGGGGUCAAGAGCUUUCAGGCCUGAGUGAAUACCUUAUGGUCAUGUUAGCUGACUUUCUGGAUUUUGUACACAGCAGUUUUCCAUAACUUUAAUAUUGUAGGUAAAUACUUUGAGGAAUGUGCUACCUUUUCAGCUAUUAUAUCUUGCAGUUAGGAUUAGCAAAAUUGCAGGGUUGAAAGUAAACAGUUGCAUUAAUCAAAAUGGCUUUGAGUGUCAAAAUAUAUCAAACUGAAUGAAGUUGUGGGCAGAGAUCCUUGCUACUUGGCCAGUGUUAACUGAUGCACAUCUCAGUAAAGGGUGGAUGAAACCAAAAGUGCAGUACAUUCCAGGUUCCAGUGAAAGCAAAAACAAACUGGAAACUUUGAGAAUCUCCAGGGAAUCUAAGCUGGGCUCCUGCUGUAAUCCAGGAAGCAGCAUCAACAAUAAACUAAUGAACUGCUAUUCAAAUAAAAUACAAAUAAAAGCACCACAGCUCUAUUUCCUUCCUGCAGUCGACAACAGGGUGUUGCUGGAUUGUAUUGGUGGACCAUAUUACCUGCCAUUGGCGAUAGUGACAGCUUGGAUGUGGAUGUGGGCAGUACACGGGCAUGCUGCCUUUCCUGCUGGGGAUACAGGAGGGAAUGGUCUAUAAAAACAUGUGCUUUAUUCAGUAUAAAUUGCAUCUGUGUUGUUUAGAAUAGUAGUUUAAGGCUAGUUGAUGGGGCUCAGCAGACAUACUUAAUGGACUUGAGCUUCUUUAAACUGUGUAUGUGUGUGAGAGAGGGACACCUGUACAUUGUGUGUGUAUGUGUGUGUAAAAUUGUAUGUGUAAUGUGUGUAGAAUGUAUGUAUCUGUUGGGUUCAAGGUGGGUUUUAUUGCUGUAUACGACUUUUCCUUGUUUUGGUUGCUAAUCCACACACAGCUAUAAAGAAACAAUUGUUUUGUUUUUAUUAAACUAGAAUUGAUUUAAUUUUACUGUUAGCCAAACCUCCUCCUUAUUGCUGAAUAUUAAGAUUUUAUUUACUAAGCAGUUCAGGAUACUCUCUGGUAUUGGGCAUCUGGCAAAAAACAAUUUAG